ACCUCUCUUCCAGUCCGGGUGAGGGGGAGAUGAACUUCUAGACCACCUUCUCGAGCCUCCCCCUCCCCCAGCCUCCCGUGGAGAGGUGUGCGUCUGUGUGAUGGGAAAGCCGAGAAGGGCCAGCAGGUGGAACGAGGAAUAGGGGUGGUGGUCACCUAAGCAGAGAAUAAUAGUGAGAUCAAGGCAUUGAGCGCAGCGUGUUUGAAGCUGGAGGCGGGGAGAAGAGGCUGAGUAUAUGCGUGUGUGCGUGUGUGCGUGUGCGUGUGCGUGUGUGUGUGUGUGUGUGUGUGUGUGUGUGUGUGUGUGUGUGUGUGUGAGUGUGGGGCUGUUAGUGGUCGCGGGCCCGGGGAUCCCCGGUCUCUGAUUGGCUAAAAUGGCGCCUCUCUCUGUUUCCAUGUGGUAGGAGCUGCCGCGGCACAACAUUAAAGGAAAGGAAAGGGGGAGGGGGAUGGGUUGUGAGCCAGCUUGAAGGAGGAGGAGGAGGAGAAGGAGACCCGAGGAACAGGGGCCCCGGGCGGGCGGCUGCUGGCGGAGUCAGAAUAAACAUUGCAGAGAGGGGCUUAGGGAGAGAGAGGCCAGAGUGGGAGGUGCGGCCGCUGCUGCUGUUGCUGCUGCUGCUGUUGCUGCUGCUGCACCAGCCCUUCCGCCUGCAAAGUCCAGCUGCUGCAGCUGUCCCCGGGAUCCCCGCCUCCCCGCGCGUUUCCUUUCCUUGGCCGAGUUCCCUUUCCCUGCUCACGGGCGGCCCAUGGAGCAGGGACCUGCGGCGGCGGCGGGGACGGCUGGGGCUGUUGGGGCAGCAGCCAGCGCCAGCGCCCCUGCUGCAGCAGCAGCUGCGGCUGCGGGAUCCUCGUUGUCUGGGGCCAGCGCGGGCUACUGCCCGGUGCCCCUGCCCCUGAGUGACAGUGAACAGCAGUGCUACUCGGAGCUCUUCGCGCGCUGUUGCUGCGCCUCCGCCACCUCCUCCUCCUCGUCCUCUUCCUCCUCGUCGUCCUCUUCCUCCUUUGUACACCCUCAACCACCCUCUGAAGUGGGCAGGGGAGCCCCGAUCCCCGGACCUGCAGUCACUGCAGGGGCCAGCCAAGUGGGAGAUCUGUUCAGGGCAUCGCAGCUCCCCGCCGAGACCCUGCACCAGAUCACAGAACUGUGUGGUGCAAAACGUGUGGGUUAUUUUGGUCCAACACAGUUUUAUGUUGCCCUGAAAUUAAUUGCUGCAGCACAGUCUGGUCUUCCUGUACGAAUAGAGAGUAUUAAAUGUGAAUUGCCUCUCCCUCGAUUUAUGGCCCUGAAAAAUGACAGCGAGAUAAGAUACAGCAAUCCAGCCGAUCUUCAUGGAUUGAAGUGUCAGAUUCCAUAUGUAACCAUGGAAAAGAAUUCCUUCAAGAGAAUGGAUGAUGGGGAAAAACAGCAGGAGACAAUGUCUCCCACAAUGUCUCCAAUUAGUUCGCCUCCUUCUUCUCCAUCCAACUACCAAAGGGUACCUCUGACCUACGGCUAUGGCAAAUUGAGGAGUGGGAUGGAUCAGAUGCAUGCAGAGAACAGAGAACAAGGAAUGAUGAACACAAGUUGCAGAGGUCAGAUUUCAGCUUGUUCUCCUUAUGAAGCUAGACAAGUUGCCCUUCAACAGGAGGGUCCCACAGCAGGUAGCCAUGGAUCCAAGCCCCCACGACUGCAGGCUUCUCUUAUUCGGUCCCUUUCAGUAGAAAGAGAACCCCAGGAAAGCAACAAUAAUUACCCAGAUGACCCAUGGAGAAUAACAGAAGAACAGCGAGAAUACUACAUCAAUCAAUUCAAAUCCCUUCAACCUGACCUGAGUUCCUUCAUUUCAGGUUCCCUGGCAAAGAACUUUUUCACCAAAUCCAAGUUGACUAUUCCAGAGCUUUCCUACAUAUGGGAGCUCAGUGAUGUGGACUGUGAUGGAGCCUUGACACUGCCUGAAUUCUGUGCUGCCUUUCACCUCAUCGUGGCCAGGAAGAACGGCUACCCUCUGCCUGAAUCUCUGCCACAAACCUUGCAGCCAGACUACCUACAAACAGCUUUCCUCAAACCCAAACGGGACUGUGCAUUAUUUGAUUCGUAUUCUGAGUCGUCGAUGACAGUGAACCAACAGCCACGAGACCUGAAUAGAAUUGAGAAGACUUCCAUGAAAGAGAAGGCUGAGCUAACAGCACCAGCUCAGGAGGCGAAUAUCGAUGACAAACAAGCUUUGAAAAUAAGCUCUGUGGAUGAAGCCAUGCCAAAGGAUUUGUCUGUUGACCCAGCUACUCCCAAGGACUUGAACACUCUCAGAGCAAGACCGAGAUCCAGAUCUUACUCUAACACAUCUCUAGAAGAGGCCAUGAAAAGGGUCGAGGAACCUCCCACUCCCCCACCGAGACCACAGAAAUCUCAUUCCAGAGCCUCCUCCUUGGAUCUGAAUAAAGUCUUCCAGGCAAAUGCUCCAGCUGCUAAACCAGGACUGUUACCUCCACCACCAGCUCUUCCCCCCAGACCUUUUGUAUCACAGAUUUCACACCACAACACAAACAAUGACUCCAUUAGCCAACCCAAGCCUCCAGGCCAGCCGCCAGGUUAUGGUGAUUUCAGACUCCCAGAGCAGACAGAACAAGUAUCAGAGAUUGAAUUACAUCCCCAAUUGACCAGAACUCCUUCCCAGACAGAGGAGAGUGGAAGUCCUGUGAAGAAGGACCUGCCACAUACACAGCCACCAUCAAAGCCCAUUCGUCGGAAAUUCCGACCUGAAAAUCAAGUAAUGGAAAACCAAGAACCUUCUGUGAGUGGGACAUCUUCUGUGCCAACCUCGAAGCCGCAUGCACCAGUCCAAAAACAGUCUUCUAAGCAGAAGAAGGCAAUCCAAACGGCUAUUCGGAAAAAUAAGGAGGCCAAUGCUGUGCUAGCAAGGUUGAAUAGCGAACUCCAGCAGCAGCUAAAGGAAGUUCACCAAGAGCGCAUUGCUUUGGAAAACCAAUUGGAACAGCUUCGCCCUGUCACAGUCUUGUGACCUUUGGGUGUGAGUGGGAGCAGCUGACCUCUGUGCCAAGGUCUUCCCUUUUCACUGUUGGAACACAUCCUCUGGGAAAAGUUGUCCGACUGUGUCAAAAGCAGGGAGAAAUGGAAUGUGAGAUGUAUCCUGUUCCUCCCCCACCCUCCUGCCUCACUUGCCAUCCCUAUAUUUUUAUCUGCUGGUGGAAAAGUCCUUCAGUCAUUGGUCAAACUUGAGAUUAUGACUAAAGAGUGGAAUUUGUCUCAUGUUAGUCUAUUCUCAAAUGCUUCUUCAGGGUUUUCAAAGAUGGAAUUUUCACCAAAAAUUGAAUCCAAUUCUUAGCCCUUUAAUAAAUUUAGUGCAUUAUUUAUUUAAAGAAGUCCUAAUUUAUUUGGAAUCUUGUUCCUUGCUUUCAGGAUUUGCAUUUAUAAUUCAUAUGUACUUGUUUUGGUAUCCUGGAUAUGUGAUUCCAAUAGGCUUGUCUUAGGGCAUAAUAUUAUAUGGCUAACUAAGUAAAACUAAGGGUAGCAACAAAUUAGUCUGAAGCGAUGCCCACUGCUCUCAUUUGCCAAGAAAUGGACAAUUUAUCUUUCCUAUCUAUUUAUAAAUAUAUAAUCCUCAUUUUAUAUUGAAUCUCAGAUGCUCAACACGAUUACACAGCACAAAACGAAAUCGAGAUUUGAUAUGCAUCUGGUUCAUUUCAUCAGUAUAAAUAGUCAAACUAAGAUGAUUCAAUCUGUAGAAUGGAUUUUUAAUGAUCUAGCCUGACAAAAAUUAAACAAAGAGUUGCCAAAUUUUCAUUUUUUAUUCCAUUUAGAUGCCGCAUAUAUAAGAGAACAAGUUUGAAAACCUAAAGGAAGUGCCAAGAAAUGGUCUGGGCUGACACAUUCCUUUUUAGAGGCCUUUGCACAAGCUCGAGUGCAUCCAGACUAGAAAAAGGUGGAAAUGGUCAAUCUCCAGACAGCAUGGCCAUUCCUGGACCAGAGUUGCUGUUUUCUUUGUGUCUGCGUUUCUGUUAAACUGGACGAGUUUAUUGAAUGAGUACAAGGGAUGGAUGAAGACCGGUGUUUACGCUAGAUCUAUCACCGCACAUAUGGGUAGUGAAAUGUGGGGACUUUAGAGAAUGACAAUUCAACUCAGUCCAGCCUGGACGAAACCAAUUCUACGAGGCACAGUCGAUGUUCAUUCAGUCAUUUCAUUUGUGUCUGACUCUUCAUGACCCUAUUUGGGAUUUUUUUAAGCAAAAAUACUGGAGUGUUUUGUCACUUCAUUCACCAGCUUGCUAUACAGAUGAGGAAACUGAGGCAAACAGGGUUAAGUGACUUGCCCAGGAUCACAUAACUAAUAAGUAGCUGAGAUCAGAUUUGAACUGACAGACGAGUCUUCCUAACUUCAGGACUGACACUAUCCACUGGGCCACCGAGCUGCCCUGACACAGUUGAUAUAAACUAAUAAACAGCACUUAUUAGCAAAAUUUUGGUCCCAUAAAAGUUCAGAUAGGUGCCUUCUCCCCUGGUUGUUAGCAAUAGAAGAGUGCCCUUCCUCUACCUGCACAGGAACAAGGACACGUGAAGUAUGAAAGCAUUUAGGAAGGGCAGCUAGGUAAUUCAGUGGACUGAGCCCAAAUGGACCUGGAAGUGGGAGUUCUGGGUUCAAAUGUGACCUCAGAUACUUCCUAGAUUUGUGAUUCUGGACAAGUCACUUAACUGCAAUGGCGCAGCCCUUACUGCUUUUCUCACUUGGAGCCAAUAUUUAGUAUGGAUUCUAAGACAGAAGGUAAAGGUUAAAAAACAACAAAACCGCCUCCGUGAGCCAACUGGCUCCUUUCUGAAAUAACUCUCCUGCUUCAAAGGGGGCUACCCGGCAAGGGCAGGUCUAGCUAGAUGCCUGCCUGCUGCAAAUAGCAGUUAAUGCUUACUGUCCCCCUCGGCUUCCCUGAGCUGGAUGGGUCUCUGUAUGCGUUUGUGUGGUGCCAGGGGAGGCUAGAAUUCAGCUGGACACGGAUGAAAACACCUGGAACGUACACUGAUGGCGCAUCUUCGGGCAGGGAACAUUUUUUAAGGCUGCCCGUCUGGAAAAAGUCUCGGCCCCGAAUACACUAAUCCUAGUCUUUGUGAGACCAUUGGAGUGGAGUCACAGGCAGUUUGAGCACUUGUUCUCGGUGAAAUGCGAAGAUUUUGAUUUUUGUUUGCUUGAAAAUGCUUUGAAGACCGGGGGUGGGGUGGGGGGUGCCGUUGUCCCCACCGCUGGGGAGGCUGAGGCUGGUGCAUUGUUUGAGCUCAGGAGUUCUGAUAAAGCCGGGCAAAGUCAGCUGACCAAGUCAGCACCAGAAACUGCGAGGGAGCCCUCAAGCAUGAAGGACGACCAGCCAAGUGGCCUGUGGAGGAGGGAACUGGGCCAGAUGCCGGGUCAAAGCUCCCUACUGCUCAUGAAUGAGGAAGAAGGACCUCGUGACAUUGUGCCGAGCCCCCAACACACACACACACACACACACACACACACACACACACACACACACACACAUCCCCAGAGCGCUUCCUACGGUCUUUGCUUUUUCCCUCCGCUCCUUCCUCCUCCUCGCUCACCUUCUAACUUCUUUCCUUUGCCACCUCCACUUCCUAUCGAAGUAGACCGAGCUUUCUCCUUUAACGAGUUGGCAGGCUGUUUUUAGAGAAGCUGCCUUUAAAAACGUUCCUUUUGCCAAACAAAUUUUAGGGAUACUAUUUUUAGUCGGAACCUUUCAGAUGAUGCUUGACUUGCACUAGGAGAAAAAGAUCCAGAUGUGCGCUUGUCUUGUGCAAGUCCCCACCCCAUCCUGCAUAGCUUUUCAUAUUUCAUCACUCAGAGAUGCUGCAAACAAAUGGAUAGUAACAGGUUUUCAGAUGAAAUGCCUUUCUCCUCAUGGUGUAGGAUGACUGGAAUAUUCAAUGCCAGGAACGUGUAACCUGGGCCAAUUUCUGUUCUUAUUAGCUUCCCCACUGGACAAUCAGAGCAAUUUGAAAUUAGAUCAGAAAGUACAGUCGUAUCAGCCCAGCUUGCCUUGGCUUCUUUAUUUAUGACUCUAUUUAAUUAAAUGUCCGAAGGUAAUUUUUUAAAGAGCUGUGAUGUUUGUGGGCUUGGUACUAAUCUGUGUACCUCUUGCUGGGCUCUCUGACUCAAUUCAGAGCCAUCAGAUGAUGACGUUAUUGUGGCCAGGGCAGUUCAUGAAGCUGGGCUAGCAGGCUUUCAAAGAUUGGGAUCUGCAUUGGUAAGGGGCAUAUCCAUACUAAGGAAAUCCUGUUAAGCUUUAAAGCAAGGAAAGCCUAGUUAAUCAGCAUCCCUCUAUGUACUGUCUCUGUGUGUACACAUAUACCUACUUACAUAUAUACUGAGGAAACAAGGUUCAAGCUCCCCAGCAGUUCUGCUAAGCCAUGCAAGCCAAACAAAUCGGGACCAGGUCCCAUCCUCAGCUUAGUCCUGGACCCCAAAUACAGGAGAAGACAGACUUAUACAUUAAAACAAUUAAUCAAAUAGGACCAAUUAAUUAAAAGAAAAUAACCAGGAUACAGAAUGAGGUUUUCUGAUGUCUAAUUGGAGGAGAGGUUAGAGACUUUCCACGUUGGAAAUGGGAAAGCAAACAGGUGCAAUUCUCUGAAUUCAGAAAAAAGAGGUGCCCCCCUCCUUCUGAGUAUCUGCAAAUAAAAAAGGAACAUGGAAACAGUAGCUGAUUCCUAUGGGCCAGUUUUCAAGUAAGGGUUGUGUGAGAUGUAUUAUUCUGAGAAGACUUUUUAGAUCUGACAGAGUUUCUGGUCAGCAACAUCUAGAUCCUUAGUUAAGGGUGUGUAUGCCAGAGGUGGAGGUGGUCCAGUUUCCCAACCAGGUAGGGCUUGAUUCAAACAAUGCAAUAAUGCUUUGUUUUGUUUUUUAAUUUACACAAUUGAAAGUAGUUUUCGCUCAAGAGAGAAGUUUGCCCAGAGCCAAUAUUGAAGAGAAAGAGAACUGAGCUAGCUCUAGAACGAAGUCACAAGAUGGAGUCAGUGUGAUUCACUCAAUUCCACAAUUAACCAGUUGCUGUUCUAAUUGCCUAAAUUCCCUCAGGUCCCUCAAUAAACAUAUACACACUAAAAACCUUUAUUUUAAAUGUGCAUACAUGUAAAAAUAUAUAUGUAUAUCCAUCUAUGUGCACAACUUUGUUUUAUUUUAGGAUCCCCACUACCUAUUUGUCUUUUCUUGUACCUUUUUAUUUGGCUUAUAGUGAAAAAUGAGCCUAGGUAUUACUGUAGCUACCAUUACAUUUCCUUUAUGCAUAUUAACAUUGAAAAUUGUCUGUAACAAUUCUAGAGAGUUGAAUUGAAGGCAGUGCUAUAUUGUUUCCCAUCCAAAGAGGCAAAAUGAUCCAGGUGCCUUUGGCAUAAUGCUGUUUUCCUACUUAGGUGGCAAAACCAUUAGCCUCCAAAUGCCAUUUGCCCCUCAUUUAGUAUUACAGCAACAUUUGUUUCUAGUCCUUCAAGGUCUAGAAAUCUCCUCUGUCUAAACCCCCUAUCUUGUAGCCUGCGACUUUUUCUAGAAAGUGACAUAACUGCAAAGCUAUCAGCUUCUAGCCUAUAUUUUCUUUUAUAUCUUUCAGUUAUAUAAAAAUGGUCAUUUUGAUUUGCCAUGAUGAAUUUAAUAGUAGAUCUGAUUUUUUUUUUCAUUUUUACUAGACCUGUACCUUGUUUAAUCACUAUAGAAAGCUCCUAUAGAAAGUGAGGAAAUUCAUUUACAAUCCAGAUGGCCAUGUCUGCAUUUAGAGUCCUAGAGAUUCGCUUUGGGGAUGGAGAAGUUAAAUAAUUUUCUCAGGGUCAGAAAGUCAGGAUGUGUCAAGGAUGAACUUGAACCCAGAUCUCUUACUUGGUAUCUUUUAGAAGUCACAAGAAUGGUAGUUUGAUUUUUCUUUGCUGUGGUAACUUAAAUGGGUCUAUAAUGUUAUUUUCAACUAAAUAUAGAACAAUUUUUGGCAAAUUGUUUUCUGACAUUUUAGAAUUUAAGUUGUUCCUCCGUUUCUUCCCCUAACCCAUACUUGAGGUGGUAAAUAGUGUGAUAAAGGUUAUGCCUGUAUAAUAAUGUUUAAUAAAAAUGUUAAAUAUAAAAUAAAUGAUGUUUUAAGGAAGGUAAGAUCCAGGGACAUUUUCUGUUUGUGACCAAAUUAGGAGAAAAAAAAUCAAAUUUGAAGAUGAAAGAUAUGAUAAAACUGAAUAUUCUUCUCAAAAAGAAACCCUUUAUUUUUUGUGAAAAAAUAAGUUGCUUUAGACAGAUGUUCAAUAUAGACUUUUCUUACAUUCUUUAUACAAGUAAAUUCUUUUUUUAAGCUUCUGACACUAUAUUAUGCUACAAAUUUCCUUCAGUAAUUGGUAGUGAAUUGGAUAAAAAAUAUAAAACCUCAGCAUAUUUUUAUGAUAAUCAAAACCAUGAUUCUUUUGCAGCUGAGGAUGACCUGCUUAUAUCUUCAAUCUUAAAAAAAAAUCAAUUCCAACGGGCUUGUUCUUUGGUUUACUUUUUGAAAUCCUUACCUUCUAUCUUAGAAUCAAUACUGUGUAUUGGUUCCAAGGCAGAAGAGUGGUAAGGGCUAGGCAAUGGGGGUUAUAUGAGUUGCCCAGGGUCAUCCAGCUAGGGAGUGUCUGAGGUUAGAUUUGAACUCAGGACCUCCCAUCUCUAGGCCUGACUCUCAAUCCACUGAGCCACCCAGCUGCCCCCUCUUUGGUUUGUUUCUAAGUAACAUUGGCCUUUCCCUCACAUUUCUCUCUUUCAAGAAAGUGAAUUCAUAACAAAAAGACUCAAAUGUAAGUAUCUGGAAUGAUUAAAUUCAUUGUUGUCAAUAAUUUGACUUUCUCCAAAUAAUUUAAUAUUUAUGAGGUCUUUUCCCAGCAAACAAAACAGUCUCAGUAAGUGAAUAUACAUACUUCUUGCUAUGGGUACAAAUUAGAUAUUGGACAAAAUAUCUAUAUUUAGGAAGGCGUGUGUGCACAUGUAUGUGUGUGUGUGUGUGUGUGUAGACUAGCCCUUUGGUUUCAAUGCUUGGGGGAACACAUGACCUCGACCAAUGCUGAAUAACAUUUAUUCUGCAAUUUAGUGGAUUAGAGAAUUUUUUUGAAGGCACCAAGUAGUAAAAUAAUUUACGUAGGACCAUGCAGCCAGCAUAUGUCAAAGGAAUGUCUUGAACUCAGGUCUUUCUGACUAUAAAGUCAGUUCCCCAUCCCCGGUUCAUAUUUCUCAUGAUACAUGUUUAUAUAUACAUAUAUAUAUAUGUAUAUAUAUAUCAUCUACAUCACGCAAUACACCGAUACACACUUAUUCCUGAUGUUUUAUGUAUUCACACCCUAUUUCCCCAAGCAACCAAAUGUGAAAUGGCAUGACGACUUCUGGGAUGUGUGCUCACAUACACACACACACACACACUCACAUGCGUAUGCCUUUGUUUAAGUAGGUGAUGAAGUUGCAGAAACUUGGUUGUAGAAAGUUUUGGUCUGGCAACAACAGAUCUGGAAUACCUUCAACCCUUCAAAGAGUUUUGCUAUCUUGUGCUUUGGAAAUUCACCUACAAACAUUUUUUUAGCUGAUUUCAAUACUAUGGAUAUUGUGGGAAAGAUCAGGGAUGCUGGUUUUUAACCUUAAGGACCAGAUGGCAUCUGAAUUGAGAAGCCCAGUAACGGAAUUAUUGGAGUACAAUGAGGAGGCUUUAAGGCACCAGGCUCAUCCUCAGUCAUUCUACUGUACGAUAGACCCAUUUCAUAGACAUUUCACUAGUUAGUAGUGUAAAAGUAAAAAAAAAAAGCCAGCCACUUUACUUCUUAUCCCUAAACUAAUAAAACGAAACUUAUUUUCUAAUAUAAUCCUUAUGGUAGAGGGUAGAAUUAGGUAGGAGCUGUGUUCAGGGGGCUGUUUUUUUUUUAACUGUUACCUUAGUAUCAGUUCUAAGACAGAAGAACAGCAAUGGCUGGGCAAUUGGGGUUAAAUGACUUGUCUAGGGUCACACAGCUAGGAAGUGUCUGAGGUCAGAUUUGAACCCAGGACCCUCUGUCUCCAGACUUGAUGUGCCACCUAUACUAUCUAUGUACCCCAAGGGUCUGUGUCUUAAAUGGAAUAAGUAACAAUAAAUAUCCCAUUGUAAAAAUUUGGGUCAUCUGAGUUUCCAAAGAGCAGCUGAUAAAAGUCCCCACUACAUACAGUUUAGAAAAUAGGCUUAACAUUAAAACACAAAAACAACAAUAAAAACUACUAUUCUUAGUGAGCACAAUUCAGGUAUAUUAAAUAAAUCACAGGCAAGAAGAACCUUUUUUGAUCUUUGUAACGACUGGGUCAUGGAGCAGACAUAAAAAUGAGAUGUUCUAUUUUAACUUCUAAAGCAAACAUGUCUAUUUUUUCAAAAGUCAUACUUUAAGAAUAGCUUGAAUGUAUUUAGCGUUUUACCAGUUUCUCAAAGCACUUUUUCACACAACCCCUAUGAAGUUUGAGUAUUAUCCCCAUUUCAUAGAUGAGGCUCAGAGAGGCUGUAGUUUGCUCAAUAUCACACACAGCUAGCGAGCAGGAUCUAAUGCUCUUUUGCCCACACCACAGCUGCCUCAGAGGUGAUGAGUUUUAAGAAGGAAAUGUAUAUAUUUGAUGCUCCCCCCCCCAUUAUCUUUCUGGAUAAUGAGCUGAGAAGUAGUGUUAACAUUUAACCAUUGUCUCAAUCAUGUGGUAGCACAGUGGUAUUGGGAGCAUUAUUGUCAUUGACUUUAAAUCUCUGAAGUUACUGUAUAUUUGUAUUUUGACUUGUACAUAGGGCACACAGACUAACCUUACUGCCUCUUCUCACAUUGGUUGAAAUGUUUGUUUAGUAUAUAGUUAAGGCUAUGCACAUCCAACUUGGAAAAUGUAUAAAACAUGAAAACGGGGUGCUAUGUUGAAAUAAAAAUGUACAUUAACUUCAAAAA